CCGAUGCUGAAUAUUCAAGUAUUUUACGCGCAAAGCAAACUAAUAAUAAAUAAACUGAAUUUUCUAAAGUGUAAUUAAGUAAUUGAGAGCUCAAAAUGUACCGCGCUAUGCCCAGGCGAACGAGCGAGUUCCGCGAAGAAGCCCACGAAGAUGGGGCCAACGGGGACAAGCGGCAGACCAGACUAGGCGCACGCAGCAUGGCCACGCCCACACCCAUGAAGCCCAAGGUCAGUGGCAUAGCCAAAAGGCCAUCGCAUUCACGCUUGGGCCAGCCAUUGUGCCUGGAACGAGAUCGCGGCAGCCAGAUGGGUCUGCCGCCGAUCCGCACACCCAUGAAGAGCCAUCGCAUGGGCUCCGAGGUGCCGCACCACUCCAACAAGAAAUGGGUGGCAGAGAAGUCGCAACAGAUCCAGGACUACCUGCACGCCAUGCUGCCCAGCCAUGCCAUACAGGGCAUCACCAGCGACUUCUUCAAUCGCGGCUCGGGCCUGCGCCAGAUGACAACGAAGCAGUUUGUGGGCAUAAUUAACUUUUUCUUUCAACAAAUCUCACGGAAUCGGGUGACGGUGGGCAGCAAUCAUGUGGAGGACAUUAUAAAUACGAUGCAAAAGCUCAACUAUCCGUAUCAGGUGAACAAGUCGUCGCUGAUGACGCCAACCGCACAGCAUUCGUUCGGUCAUGUCAUUGUGAUGCUGGACUUUCUGAUGGACUUUGCCCCACAACCGGAUGCCGAGGAGGAGGGCAGGGAUUUCCCCUUUAUGGAAAUAGCCGAUCAGCACAGCGACUACCUGCACAGCAUGGCCUCCGAGUCGAUAGCCAUGUCCACCACUCAGUGUCCAGGCAUGGUGCUGGACGAGGAGCUGACCGAGCUGCUGUUGGUACAGUCCACGGCCUGCUUCUUCCUCUGGGACCAGGAGAAGAAAGAGGAAGAGGCGCUGCUGCAGGACAGGACCAGAGACAAAGUAAUCAGCAAGAAGUGCGAUCUUUCCGAUGGCCGGGCCUUGGAUGCGGACAUCGAUGCCCUCAAAGCGAAGCUAAGCGAUCUCGAGCUGAAGCUGGAGGAAGCUCUGCCCGGCGAUGGCAGGAAGUUUCAGCAGCUGGAAAGCCUCAGCCGCGAGCAGGAUCAGCUCGGGCAGCAGCUGCAGGCCCUUCAACAGGAGGACGCCAUGAAGCGGGAUUCGAUCCAGGAGCUGCGCUCCAAUGCCAAGCAAAAGACAGCGGACAUCAAGGCGCUGCAAAAGGAGCUGCGCCACAUUCAGCAGACGGUGUCCAGCCAGAGGUACUCGGCCCAGCAGCUGAAGGAUCUGCAGGUGCAGUGCACAGAUCGCAGCAACGAGUCCAAGGUGUACGAGCGUCAGAUCAAGGAGAUCACCGAGCGUCAACUCAACCAGCAGGUAAUGCUGUCGCGCUCCAAGCAGAAGCUCCUGGACAAGAUCGAGCAGUUCAAUUGCCAUGCGCGCAACAUCUGCAUGGAUUCGGUGAUCUGCAAGGCCAGCGGCAAGGGCAAAAUGGAGCUGACUCUGUCGCUGCAGCCCAGGCACGAGGAGGUGCUGGAAGGGCAUCAGCGUCUGGCCAAGCUGGCCGAUCGUUUGCGUCUUUGUCGCCAGCAGACCGCUGGCCGUUGCAAGCACGUGGAGGAGCAGAAAAUCAAUAUAAUCCAGACCAAAGCCAAGCUGGACACCAAGCUGGCCACCAUGGGAUCAGAGUUGCGCGCGCAGAAGCAGGCAAUGGCCCACAUGGAGUCCAACCACAAGAGCAAGCUCGAAUCGUUGGCCCAGGACGAGCAGCAGCUGAUCGACAGUCAAUACGAGCUGGCCACCCGGCUGGAGCAACUGCAGGCCCAGGAAUGCGAGCAGCACAGCCUGCUGCAGAGCGCGAAGCAACAGAACGAGGACCUUCUGACGGCCGCCGAGUUGCGUCAAAAGCAGGCACUGCAUGCCCGCAACAUCUACCUCGAUAACUACGAACAAACGCUGACCGAGGUCGAAGAGGAGCUCAAGGCUGUGCAGCUUACGAUCGAGGAGAACGAGAAGAAGCUGUCCCAAGCCAAGCAGCAGAUCCACAGCACCGAAAUCCCCUACUUCGAUGUGGUAUUCCAGGCCAUACAGGAGGCCUGACUCUAUAGCUUUUGAGUUUUUAAUUUUUUAGUGUUAAUAAAGUAUUUCAUUGCCGUGUA